AUGUUUUCCGGUCGUAGGGCAUGUUGUGCUCUCUGGCACACUCUGCUGGGCCUGUUUCUCCUCGCUGCGUUGAGGUCGGACAACACACUUGUCGAUGCGCGCAGUGUCGCAACACGCCGGCAGGAUGAUACGAGACCGGUGGGCCGGGAGCGUGUGAGUCUCAACGCGGGAUGGCGCUUCCAGCGCUUCACGUCAAACCCGGACAACCUCAACUACAACACACUGAAACCAUGGAUGAUGCCGUCGGCAAACAACUUCAUCAGUGAUCCAUCGCGCCGCACUCAGAGGCCUACAACUCCGCUUGCUAAUGUCAGCUAUGCACAACCUGGGUACAAUGACAACUCCUGGGAAGCCAUCAACCUGCCACACGACUGGGCCAUCAAGGGGCCAUUUUACGAGGGCAGCAACGUACCCGUGGGGGGUAGCAUGGGCCGACUGCCCAUUCAAGGAGUUGGCUGGUACCGCCGCAGUUUUGCUCUUACGCCCGCCGACGAGGGAAAGGCCGUCUACCUUGAAAUUGACGGCGCCAUGUCGUACGCUGCUGUUUGGCUCAACGGCGUCUUGGUGGGCGGGUGGCCAUAUGGCUACGCUUCGUUCCGCCUGGACCUGACACCAUACGUCCGGUCAGGAGAUAAUCAACUAGCGAUCAGGCUUGACCAGGCCCUGGACUCGUCGCGCUGGUAUCCCGGUGCUGGAAUCUACCGCAAUGUCUGGCUUACAAAAGCACAUCCAAUCCAUGUCGGUCAAUGGGGAACCUACAUUAGGAGCAGGGAAGUCUCGUCGCGGUCAGCCACAUUAGACCUGACCGUUGACGUGGAAAACGCUGCCAGAACUGGAGGAUCAGCUGAGGUACAGCUCGUUACUGACAUCCACACUUUGGACGGGGCGGGCGGGCAACCGGGCACGAGAGUUGGGGGGUUUCCCAAUGCGACCCUCAGCGUAGGCCCAGGCAGUAUCAAGUCGGUCAACGGAACGGUCACGUUGCAGAACCCAAGGUUAUGGGGGCCCCGGCCGGCGCAGGAACCCAAUAUGUAUGUCGCCAUCACACGUGUCUACGCCGACGGCCAGCUCAUCGACACAUACGAGACGCCCUUUGGCAUCCGCUCCCUCGAAUACAAGGGGGAUGGGCUCUACAUCAACGGCAAGCGAGUGUACCUGCAGGGUGUGUGCCAACACCAUGACCUUGGCUCGCUCGGUGCGGCCUUCAACGUGCGGGCGGCCGAGCGCCAGCUUGAAAUGCUGCAGGAGAUGGGCAGCAACGCAAUCCGAACGUCGCACAACCCGCCGGCGCCCGAACUGCUCCAAAUGGCUGACCGGAUGGGCCUGGUGGUGCUCGACGAGAUUUUUGACACUUGGGGAAGCCACAAGGUGCGCAACGACUUCCAGACCAUCUUCGCCGACUGGUCCGAGCCGGACCUACGUGCCUUCAUCCGCCGCGACCGCAAUCACCCGUCCAUCUGGGCGUGGAGCUUUGGCAACGAGGUUGCCGAGCAGCGGAGCAGUAACGGUGCGGCCGCGGCCCGCCGACUCCGAGAUAUUGUCCGGCAAGAAGACGCCACGCGGCUGUCGACAGUGGGCAUGAACGACGCGAGCCCAGACGCCGAAUUCACCUCGGUCGUCGACAUGAUCGGACUCAACUACCAGGGCGAGGGCCGGGGCAACGGUGGGCCAACCUUCCAGAACUUCCGCGCCCGCCACGGCAACAAGAUGAUCUUCAGCACCGAAAGCUCGUCCGUGGUCAGCUCCCGCGGCACGUACCUCUUCCCCGUGACCAGCAGCAACAACGCCAUCGUGGGCACUAACGGAGCCGGCGUGGACCCCCAGACUCGCCAGGUCAGCGCGUACGAGCUGUACGCCGUGUCAUGGGGGGCCUCGCCCGAUAAGGUGUUUGCCGCGCAGGACCAGUACCCCUACGUCGGAGGCGAGUUUGUGUGGACCGGCUGGGACUACCUCGGCGAGCCGACCCCCUACGACUCAUCGCGCAGCAGUUACUUUGGUAUCAUUGACCUCGCCGGGUUCCCCAAGGACCGCUUCUACCUGUACCAGGCGCGCUGGAACCCGGAUGUCAGGAUGGCGCAUAUUCUCCCUCACUGGAACUGGCCCAACCGGGUUGGCCAGGUCACACCCGUCCAUGUGUUCUCAUCUGGCGACGAGGCCGAGCUGUUUGUCAACGGCAGACCGCAAGGUCGCAUCAAAAGGGCCGCGGGGACAUACCGUUUCCGUUGGGACAGGGUCACGUACGAACCGGGCGAGGUGCGCGUGAUGACGUACAAGGGCGGGCGCGAGUGGGCUAACGCUACGAUGCGCACGACGGGCGACGCGGCGGAGUUGAAGAUGACGACGUACCGCGAUCGGAAGAGCAUAAUGGCGGAUGGAAGUGACCUGGCGUUUGUGGAGGUUGCGGUGGUGGAUGAUAAGGGAGAAUUUGUCGCCAAUGCCGAGCCGGCUGUGACGUUUUCCGUGACGGGCCCCGGGGAGAUUGUGUCGACGGACAACGGUGACCCGACUGAUAUGACCCCCUUUCCGUCGAGAGAGAGAAAGGCGUUCAGGGGUCGGGCGUUGGCGAUUGUAAGGGCCAGGCAAGGAGACAAGGGGAGGAUUACGGUCAGGGCCGAGGCUAGGGGGAUUAAGGCGGGUGAACUGGUGCUGGACGUUGAGUGA